AUGGUGGCAGUGAGUGAGGGAUGGAUGGUGGGGAUGAUGGAUAGUGAGGUUGGUUGGUGGUUGAUGGGGGUGAUGGUGAGUUGGUGUGGUGGUGCAUUGGUGUUGGAGAGUGGUGAGGAUAGAGGGAUGGUGGGUGUUUGGGGUUUGCUUGGGGUUGAAGUUGAAGAGAGAGAAGCCGAGAUUGGGAAGGUUGGUGGGGUGUCUGCAGAGAUGCCGAGAUUGGGAAGGCUUCCCAAAGGCACAACCACAAAGAACCACCGCACAGGUGGCGGUGGUGGCUAUUUCGGAAAUAAGCCCAAACAACCAGGGCUUUUCUCGACAUCAAACAGCAAGAAACAGAGAAAGAGAAGAAAAGAAGAGCCUGACGAUGAUAAGGUGAUUCCAACGAAGAAGAAGACCAAGCGUAGUCAGAAAAUCGUGGACGAGGAAGAUAAGCCGAGUGGAGAUGACUGUAAUAUGUGCCAUCAAUGCCAAAGGAGUGAUAAGGAGAAAGUGGUGCGGUGCCGCAAGGGCUGUCGCAAACGUUUUUGUGUUCCAUGCAUACAGAGAUGGUACCCGAGACUGUCAGAGGAAGCAAUAGCAGAGACUUGCCCAUACUGUGGUGGGAACUGCAACUGCAAAGCUUGUUUACGUAGAAAUGAUAUAAUCAAGGUUGGUAAUGGCAGCUAUGAUAACAAAUAUUCAGGGUCGCCAGAAAGUAAGGAUGAAAAGAUUCAGCACUUGAAAUAUCUUGUACAUGCACUCUAUCCGUUCCUGGAGCAAUUCGAUCAUGACCAAACGAGGGAAAAGAAGAUUGAGGCUGAGAUUCGAGGGUUACCACAAUCAGAGGUAGAGAUACAGCAGGCAGGUUGUUAUAACGACGAACGUGUGUACUGCAACAAUUGCAGAACCUCUAUAGUUGAUUUUCAUAGAAGCUGUCCAAAUUGUUCCUAUGAUCUCUGCCUGACUUGUUGCUGGGAAAUUCGGAACGGUUGCUUGCGAGGAGGUGUCAUACCUUGCCCACCAAAGGAAAUGGGUGGUUGUGGUCAUGAUCGUUUGGAUCUCAAGUGUAUGUUUCCAGAAAGCUGGGUCUCAGAGUUGAAGAAGAAAGUAGAAAAAAUAGUUAAAACCUAUGAACUUGAAGAUUUGAACAAAAUUUCUACGCAACAAUGCUCAUGUUUUAAAUCAAAUGGCGAGAUCGACAUUGGCAAUGGUAAACUGCGGAAAUCUGCUUCUAGAAAAGAUUCUGAAGACAACUAUCUGUACUGUCCUUCAGCAAGUGAUAUCCAGCAGGGGGAUCUGGAGCACUUCCAGAGACAUUGGAUCAGGGGAGAGACAGUCAUUGUUAGCAAUGUUCAUGAAGUUACAUCUGGACUGAGUUGGGAACCAAUGGUUAUGUGGCGCGCAUUCCGUGAGAUUAAAUAUACGAAGGGUUCCUCAGAUUUGGCAGUGAAGGCAACAGAUUGCCUUGAUUGGUGUGAGGUUGAGAUAAAUAUUCACCAAUUUUUUGCAGGGUACUCCGAAGGUAGAUCACACAGAAACUCUUGGCCUGAGAUGCUCAAACUGAAAGAUUGGCCGCCAUCUAACUUAUUUGAGGAGCGCUUACCACGCCAUGGUGCAGAAUUUGUCAGUGCCUUGCCAUAUUUGGAAUACACACAUCCCCGUUCUGGUCUACUUAAUGUUGCCUCAAAGUUGCCUACUGAUUCACUAAAGCCAGACCUUGGUCCUAAAACAUAUAUAGCAUAUGGAUUUUCUGAAGAGCUAGGACAUGGAGAUUCUGUGACAAAGCUUCACUGUGACAUGUCAGAUGCGGUGAAUGUGUUGAUGCACACUGCAGAAGUGACCUAUGCACCUCAGCAGCUUUCAAAGAUUAAAAAAUUGCAAAAAAAACAUGCUGCCCAAGACCAAGAAGAACUUUUUGGUAUAGUUCAUAUAGAUAAUCAAGAGGCUGAGAAUCAUCAAGGACAGUUUUCUGGCGGUCCAAAUGCAGUUUCUGAAAACAGAUUGAAUGGGUUGGAGACAGCGGAGGGAGGUGCUGUUUGGGACAUUUUCCGUCGACCAGAUGUUCCCAAGCUGCAGGAAUAUCUUAGAAAGCACCACAGGGAAUUUAGGCACAUCUGUUGUUGUCCAGUAGAGCAGGUGGUUGACCCUAUUCAUGAUCAGACUUUCUACAUCGAUUUGCAUCAUAAAAGGAUGCUCAAAGAGGAAUUCAGAGUUGAACCUUGGACAUUUGUGCAAGAACUUGGAGAGGCUGUCUUUAUACCUGCAGGAUGCCCCCAUCAAGUUAGAAAUCUUAAGUCAUGUAUUAAGGUUGCUCUUGACUUUGUUUCACCUGAAAACAUCGGUGAGUGCAUUCGUUUGACUGAGGAAUUUCGUAUUCUUCCUGAGAAUCAUAGAGCCAAGGAAGACAAACUAGAGGUAAAAAAGAUGUCUCUCCAUGCAUUAAUUAAUGCUGUGGACGAUUUGGAGAAGCUUUCACGGUCUAUGCUGUGGGGUCAUAAUUCUAGUGUAGCCCAGAUACAUGAUCCUGGUACACUUGAAGUGUUAAAAUUUAGGCAUAGUGGCAAUUGA